AUGUUUACCGUCUACCUAAUACCAUACCUCACAUCAGAGGUUGGUUUUGCCGUCUCCCAAGUCUCGCUGGUCCUCCUCGCUGGCCCUUUGUCUGGCCUGACGGUGGCGCCCAUCAUGGGCGUCCUGAGCGACCGCUCCGGCCGCCGCCUCGGCCUUUUCACAACCGGCUGCGUUGCCAUGGCCGCUUGCCAGAUCAUCCUGGCGUGGUCCCGCGACCUCGUCGGCGGCAACCCGGCCGCUACAAAAUGGGUGAGCGCUGCCGCCGUCUACAUGGGCUGUAUCAGCGCGCGUGCUUCCGUCGUUGGCUACCGCGCCAUGGCUAUCGACAACAUCCCACCCCGGCAGCAGCCAGUCUUCAACCUCGCGAGCGGUCUCAUGUCCGCCUCAGGGGCCAUCAUCACGCUUGUCGUCGGCGUCGUAACGCCUUCCUUCAAGGCCAUCACCGCUGUGUGCGCCGUCCUCAUCACGCUCAGCAUCUUUCCCUUAUGGGCUGUCCACAAGCCACCCGGCGUGGAUCGCCAGGCCGUUGACCGGGGAGAAAGCGACCGCUUCGGGGCGGUGUCAGCCAUCUUGUCGGUGCCGCGGACGCUGUGGGAUGCGGCGCGACAUCUUCCACCAUGGAUCAACCGCACAUGCAAGAUCCAGAUCCUGUCGCAGUAUGCGUGGUUCCCCGUCUCUCACUACUUGAGCAAAUACCUUCAAGACAGCUGUAUGUCAAUCACCGUCGCCCUUCCGCAGCAAGCAAGCUGUUACCUUGCCCCAAGCCCUGAUAUUGAGUGCUUCUCUCUGCUCCGCCGUUCUUUCGGGCUGACCAAAUGGAAACCAGAUGUUGCCACUCUUGGAAGGGGCUCCGAAGCUGUCGCGCCGGACGUCAGCGCACGAGCUAGCGUCCGCGUCCUUCUGAUAGCCGAGGUCGGCGCCGUUCUCCUGCAGAUGACGGUCGUCCGGCUGUGGGACGCGUCGUCAGCGUCGACGAAGCCCCUUCGACGGUUCAUGGACGAGGACAUGGUGGCGCUGCGGCGCGUGUGGGCUCUGGCUUUCGCGGCGCUGGCCGUGUCGACGCUGGCCGCAGUUGUGUUCCGAGCCUCGUUCCCGGCGGCGCCCAUCUGCGCUGCCAGCAUUAUGAUCAUUUCGCCCCUGAGUGUAUGGGUGCCCUUCACUAUCAUCUCGUACGAGACAGCCGUGGUACACGAAGAGAAAGGCGGUGACCAUUCGACCCCUCGGUCGUCUGCCACUCGCUUUUCUAUCCAUGAGAUGGCCAUCACAGUGGGUCAGGGCCUGGCUGUCUUGACGAGCGGCCUCAUCAGUUUGGGGAUCGAACACAUGGACACGGGACUUAGCAACACAACCGCAUUUCUGUUUGCUCCCGCCGCCGUGGCUGCCGUGGUUGCUGCUCUCCUGUGCUGA